CUAUAAUACCAGAUCUAAUAGAGCCAAAGUAAACAAAACUCCUGGUAGCAAACUUACUUGGCUAUAUAAAAAGAAACCUGCUAAAGGUCUUCACUAUAGUGAUUGUGAGUGUAGGCUUUCAGAAAAUCUAGCUCUCUACCACACCAAU